CUACCAUGAGAUCAAAAGAAAACAUUCGACCUACCAAGCAGUUCACGGAUCAGCUAUCUUCCACCGUGCAUCGAUCUGUCUCUAUCUUCACAAUUGCAGCACCAAGACAGUCAGAGGACAGAACCUGCUGCAGUUGUUGUUCGCAGCGGUGUUCAAAGGCCUUGCUGGGUGCUGGUUCGUAGACCUGCGCACGGCGAGCUUCAGAUGCCGGCGCAGGAACCUAUUGAAACCUUAAUUCAUUUUGUCUUCCCGUCCGCGAUGAGCUCUGGUUUGCCUUUAAUCAUCGACUGUUUGCCCACAGUUCAGCCCAGAAUGAUCUCGCGGAGAUUCUUUUCGCGUUCUGUAGCGGCUGCUACUGUGCGUCUGCCGAGGAUGUUGCUAUAUUCCAGACCAGAGUGCGGGCUUUGUGAGGAAGCGAAGGAAUCGAUCUCGAAAGCAGUGAAGGAACUGCCCGAGUUUGAGUUACAGGUUGUCAAUAUUCUCGAGCCCGAGAACAAGGAAUGGUUUGAUAAAUACGCAUUCGAUGUCCCGGUUGUACACUUUCAAACCUCGGAAUCUGAUAAAAUCCACAGGAUCAUGCACCACAUCAAGCAGAAAGACGUUAUCGAUCUCGUGAACAACUCUUUGAAAGAGUCCUCGUGAAUUUAUACUAUGAUUACAACGGGGAGAACAUCUAAUAGAAUCUCGAGUUUUCUGUAUAUAAUACAUUCGGGUGCUACCAACUUCCUUUCUAUACUACAAUCUUCAAGAUCAAUAAACAACCUAUAG